AGAUUAACUAUUACUGUUACAUCACCAGGACAAUCUCUGGAAUGUAACUCGCCUCUAAUCCCUGAUCAAGAAACAGGCCAGUGUCGACCGCCGUGUGACUGGAGCACACAGUCGCCCCUGACUCAGAAAAUAAACUAUAUAACUAUUAUUGUCGGCUUGUGGGCAGCACUCAUCGCUACAGUCAUCACUGCCAUCACUUGGGCCAGCAUUAAAAACCUGUAAGUCGCCCAUUGAAUAAGUAUGGGAUCAUAUAGAGGAAAGUACCUGAAAAGUAGUCUGCUCCACAGCUGUUCUUUGUGUCAUCACGCAGCGCUCUUCCCCACAUUCAUUUCUUCAUGAAAAUAGUACCAAACGUAGAAGUAUUUUUAGCUCAUGAUCGAAAAAAGGGCACCGAAAUUGAGACAUUCUGCUAGCAAAGCAAAAUGAGAAACGCUCGGGAAGCGAACAUACCUUCCCUUUAUAAGUUUCCACAUGUUUUUCACUCAUUUUGCCGCGAUUUUUUUCAAUCCGCUGAACAAAAUCUGAACCCUUGAAGAAUUCUGCAAAAACCGGUCGAUUGUCCAUAAAAUCAAUCACAAUUUUGCAAAUUUCAUACCUGCGUUCCCUUCCCUUACAUCACGUGAUGCUUCCGCCGCUGCGCUCGCGGUGGGUAUUGGCUACAUCGUCCCUCUUCCAUUUUUUAUGGCUACCCUUGUCCUGCGGGCCCUAAGUUUGAUUCAGCCUCAUGUGAUCAUGAUGCUAAUUAGAAUAAUUUGAACCAAAACAGUCCUCUCAAAGAAAUAUGUCAGCUCUUUCUGGGACUCAUUUCAGCCCGAGGGUCCAUAUUCGAGUCUCUAAAACAAUUAGCUACUUUGGCCCUCACCGAGAUAGCCAAAUAAGACCCUUAUGAGGUACUGUGAUGUACUAACCAAACAGCCCCCGCCCCCCUCAACAGGUCUGUUGAAUUUUAUCCGUAGUAGAAAAUAACUGCAAUAUUCAUUCCAAACUUUUCCGUUUGAUCUUAUGUUAAUCUGUUUUUUUGUUCACACGUUUUUUUUUUCUUUCCCUUUUAGGCGCAAGUUUCCUCACGUUCUGCGUUUUUACAUUAUGAUUUGCUGUAUUGUUCUUGGUAAGCAUGAGAAUAUGUAGUAAUCGUAUAAAGUGAUUUUUACUGACGCCAAAAAUCGAUAUUGUAACAUUUCGUCUCUAUUGGUAGUGUUGUUAUAGUCGUUUUUGAUGUGGCUAAAGUCUUCCCAUAUUACUGACUGUAGAAUGUCAAAAUCGCUUGAACAAGCUACCGGACAUAAUAUGUUAGAACCCGCCCCACCAAAGUCCUCAGCUUCACUUCUUUGGAGAAAUCACACCGCAAGAUCCUGUGAAUUUACAUAUACCUCUUCCACUUGUUCUGGAUUUGCUUCUCUCUUACAUCAAAUGACAUCUUUUCAUCCACGCCGUUUACCUUUCCAGCAUAAAAAGAGUUUAUGUUAAACGCUACCGACGAUUAUCGAACAAACAUGCCCUCUAGUCCGAAAGCUUUGAAAAUCUGAUCGUUCGUCUUCUUUGUUCCUUGAAGCAAAUGUCAAGAUGAUUCCCAUUCAUAAGCGUCCGGAAACAACGUUCUGUCUGAAUGAAAAGUUUUGGUACCCGGAAGGACAAUCUUCAACGUGGGCUGUGAUUCAAGGUACUAUGAGUCAUCCAUUUUUAUUGUUUUUUUUUACGAUUUUUGUUAAGGAAAGGGGGAUGGGAUAAAAAUCUCCAGGAGACAGCGAGGGUCAACAGCAAGGGGAAAAUUGAAGAGGGAUUCCGACCCCGACGUAGGUUUGUUACGGGGGCCUUUUCACAGGAAAAGCGGGACAGCUUUUACUCACGUGUAAGACAUCCAUGACAAUUACCAGCCUCCAAGCAAUAAGCUGUCUUGGCGAUCUCUUUUCUCGAUUUAGGAAAAUGAGUUUUCUUUUUCCUUCCCGCGUCGAACCCCCGAGUCAACAGAAAAGAUAGAACUUGUUCGAGGGCUACCAAUUCUAUGGUCACUCACAACAAGCUGGUGCAGAACCCCCGAUCAAGAAAUAAAGCGAUUUUACCCAAUCCAUGACGCCUAUAACAACAAACUCAACUCCACAAAACUGCAUGCUAGCUUCAAAUUUAAGAUUAAGCAAAAACAAGAAAAUUACCCAACAAACACUGACAGAGAAAUGACGCAUAUCAAUGCAAACUGCCAAGCAAUUCCAUGAGCUUACUUGCCUCUCGUCAUUUGUUUUUUUCUAGGUGCUUUGACACAUUAUUUUUGCUUGGCUCAUUCCUUCUGGUCCAUGUGCUUCGUGGCCAACACGUACGCAGUGGUUGUUCACCAUAACAGAGCCGUCUUUAAACAUCCAAUCAAAAUCCACCUCAUGCAGUCUGUGUUGGGUUGGUUGGUGCCAGCGGUCGUUGUAGCCAGUUGUCUAUACUUCUGCCAGCCUGGAUACAAGUUUUACUUCAUGGACCUGAUGUCUGCAGGACCCGCCAGCUCUGAGAUGGCUUACUUUGCUAUCUCGUUGCCAUUGACUGUCACACUAGGUGUCUCCCUUUGUCUGCUGUGGUCUAUUGUGUGGCACAUUAGAAAGGUAUGGACGUAAUCGAAAAGUUUACCCUCGUAGCAAGUGAAAUAAAGGAGUGUUCACACGGGCUACAAGCGCACAUACUUUAGACUCGUUCAGACUGGUGCGCUCCCGACAUUUUGGUUUGUCAAAAUUCAAUUAUCGCUAUUUUACGUAGAUUCAAUUUGAAACAAAGUCUUUUUGGAAGUUUACUUUUGAUUGGGUGCGUUGUAUUUCUUUCAGGCACGUUUAGAUUCAACUAAACGCGUGAUCCGCGCGAGAGAAGAGCGAGACUCCAUGCGUCGAGUGGAGCGGCAGUUCCUGAGCAUGGCGUUCUUGAUAUUGUUCGUCGUUGGGUUGGUCCUCGCAUUAGAUGCUGUUGCAAUGAACCGCGCUCGAGACUUCAUACACCAGGCUAUAGACUAUUUUGACUGCCUUCAGGUAAGAUUCCAAGAAAACGCGACGCGCGCUAAGAGACGGACUCGCGCGCUUCUAUAGGACACCAUUAACCUGCCACGUUUAGUUGCUCAUAAUGCAGCUGCUCUUUCCCAGUCGUCUCUCAAUCAUCUAUUAAUAUUAACGUGAGAAGCGCGGGGGAGCGCGAGUGGUGAUGGGAAGGAGGAAUGAGGUGAGACCCUCUCUCUCCCUUUUGUUUACUUCCUUCCCAUCACCUCUGAUCUCGCGUUCCCUUCGGUCUCGCGUACGAUCCAAAUAGAGAGGACUGGGGACGAGUCAGCUAAUACAGAUCUUAAGGUGGCUGUCACUAGUUCUCUUGUCAGUGAAUAUGUUGCUACGGGUGACAAGGAAGGACAUGGUAACAAACUUGAAAAACUUUGACCAGCGUUUUCAAGUUUUUAUGUUAUGCCUGCGUAAAUCAGAAAAAUAACUUUGAUAGUUAAUGCUCCCGACGAAAGUUGUUUGAUAUCUUCUUCAUAACUCUCCAGGAGCAUUUUGUGUAUGGGGGGAGGCACAAAGUAAGAAAUGAUCUUACUACAGAAUUGACUUAAAACAGUAAUAUAUAUUCUUUUGACAUAGCGCCUUUAAGGUUCAUGCAAUAUGGAAAAGUAAGGCAGCUUAAUGUUUUUACUUUUAAUUUCGUUUUUUUUUUUAAUUUGAUGUUUAGAUCUCAAAGGACUGCAAGUCACCUAGUUACAACACCAUACUUCCUUUAGUGAUGGUCGUAGCACCCAGCUUUGUGUGCGUCGCCUUCUUCUUCUUGUUAUUCAUGAAUAAAGAUUGCCGUCAGAUAUGGAUAAACUGCUUCAAGAAGUGUAAAAAGAUUUUCGAACUAUGUAAGCCGGCCCCGGGAAGAAUACGCGCCGAUACUUAUCGCUCAAGAUGUUCUUCGACUCUCACGGUGAUCUCGGAUCGCAGGAUAUCGGAACAUUUCACUGCUGAUCAUGUUUUAAAACUAACACAUCCUUAUCUCUUUCCUGGUAGCGUGACAACAGUGAAUAUGGAGCGACCCAGAUCUUCCACGUUAAGCUUACUUCUCACGAGUCAUACGGGAGUAUGCUCAAAUGAAAAGAUUCAAGAAAUAACCUCUCAGAAUGACGUCGACAAACGAUCUAGAUGUAAUUCAGUUCCUCUGUUCGUUGCCAAUGAAAACGUUGAAGACGCGGAAAAAAUUAACUCCAAUUUGUCAUCACUGAAUUCUCCUUCACGUGAUUUGAGCGAAUUGGGAAGUAAAAGCAGUAUAAUAUCAGAUACUAACAGCAACACUAAUCUUGAAAGAGAGGGCUUUAUACAUGACAUCCAGGCUUAUUCUUCAAAAGCACUUUGCACUGUGAAAAACGACGACAGCUGGCUCUGAGGAGCACAUCAGCUGAAACGAAGACAGAUAAUUAAAAGUGAGACUGUAUCUAAGUAUUAUUACCUGUACAUAUGUACCAUACAAAGCUUAGACGCAUGAAUAUGUUAAUGUUCUAGCUACACUGUCAUGUUAGCACUUUUUUCGACUAUUAAACCUCAGACUAUUGUGCACAAGAUAUUCAUUAUUCAUAGCCCGCCAAGAGAUGUUUCUACAACGCAUAGACUUUCCCCAGUUAACCAAAAGACACGUUGCUAAAAGACGAGGGGAGAGGUAGAAAAACCCGAAAUGGUCCCUUUUUCUCUUAUCCUCCACCCAUAUCGGCGCUUGACACGCAGGCUACACAAUAGUUUACCAGUUGGUAGCCUGCGAGGGUUCCCGGAGGUAAGGGGGGCCGGUGAGCAAGAGAGCGCCCCGGGUAGAACUUGCUUCCAGGCUAACCAGUUGGCUAUUUACAAGCAUGAACAAUUUCUUGUUUACACCGACACAACAACAUUGUCGUAGAAAAAUUUUGAAAGAAAAAUGUAUAAAGCGAAAUAGGAAAUAGGAAUUAGUGACCCCUAGUUUUUUGUUGUUCAAAGCAUGGUAUGGGUAUUAAAAAUUCUGAAAACAAUGAUGCACUUGCGUUUACAGAAUACAUGUAGCAAACUUUUUGUUUGUCGUUUUCUCAUCACCCAGAGUCUGUAGAGUCAUAAUCAUUCUUAGACAAUGAGUCAGUGAGGGCAGGUACAAUUUUCCACAUUUGCGUGCCAGUGUUUACAAGACAAAGCGUUCAGUAAUGCUGCUCCACUUUUGACAUUCCAGUGUUUAUUUGGUCGAUUAUUUUUAUUUAUUAGAAAUAUUUAUUCACUAAUCGGCGUAUUUAAAGCACAGUUUUUAUAGUCUUCUGGAGACAUGUGCCUAAACAUGAAAAGUAAAAGCGCGGUGUUGAGUAGAACAACGGAAGACUUGUAUCGGAAAUUUUAAGACUCAUGCAAGAAUAAAGUAUAUCGACAAACAAUUAAUUCCUGUUUGGCUUUUUACAUUUUUUCAUGUCUCCUCAUGUGUAGCAGUUUUUUUAUGACAACGUUUAAAUGGAAAUCAUAUACAUUGAAAUAGUGCAAAACACUGAAUAAGUCUAAUUCUUUCUAGCUAUAGCUGAGCCCUGAAGAGUGGUUUUCCCUUUCAUGUCUCCUGGAUGUUUUGAACCUGAUGACACUAUUCAUAGCUCACCAUCAUGUUUAUUCAGUCUACUAUGAUCACAUCAAUUAAAAAAGACAUUUACCCACUAAACUCUGCAAAAUUUUGCAAGCAAUUUUAAACAUAUCCCGCGCUAAAAAUUUAAUACAGAAUCAACAAAUCGGCAACAAAAUUUGUUGAUUCCCAUGCCAAGUUCUUACCAAAAAUGGAUACAGAAAAGAAUGAUAUUUAACUGAAUCAGUGUGGUAUAUCGUGUCAUGUAAGUGAAAGAUUAAAUUCGAAAGAAUCUUUUUCUAGGGGAGUGGGCACCCGUACCACAAAAAUACCGUCUUCUGUAUUUACAGCUCACAACUGAAUAAUCUUUCUCUAAAAAAAAGAAAACCUAGUGAUAUUGGUACGUGAUGCGAACAAUUUUCGAAUGUCUAAGUAAUGAUUGUAAUUCUGAUCAAAUAAAAUUGCGUAGACAAAGAAGGCGUUUUGUUUGAACAAUCUUAAGAAAAAUAGGAUGUUUACCCGCCAACAGAAGAUUACGAUAAAAUAACUUCGUAUUUUAUGAUCCAAAUCUGCAACUUCCCGUUCAAAAAUUUUGAGCGACUCUUGGCAGAAAUCGUGCAGAGCUGACAUGACUAAUUUAUUAAUAAGCAUCAUCGAUGAGUUCGCCGGAAAUUAGACAUUUUCCUGAUCGGUCCUGAAGAGAAUCAAGAAGUCGUUUUAUUAAUUGUUUGUUCUCUUUUAGAUUUUAGCGACCUGGGAAAAUAAAGUUCAUAUUAUUAAGUAAAAUGUUGAGUAUGUUGAGAUGACCCUGUCGACAUUUUCCCAUAAGCUCGAGUAUCUUUUACAGCUUAUUAUCUUGGGCUCUCUCGACAUAUUUCCGUCGUACAUAUAAAAAGGUGAAAGGGACACCCACCUUUGUGUAAACAGGUCACAAAAUGAGCUAAAAUUACAGUCACUGUCAUUUCUGGGUCGUCACUACCGUGUCAUGUUACCAAAAGAUUCAGAAGAUUAGACUUCACUUGUUUACACGUCUUUAGCUCCUGUUUGGGGGCGAUAAAAAACACUAAACGAAGGGCAAUAUCGAUUUAUGAAUGAAACAUUGAUCUACUUGAUAAUAUGGAAGCUAUGCCAUCGGAAUCGCAAGCGAGGAGUAAAUCGUCGGCAUUUUCCCGGUGCAGUUUGACUUACUAUCUUGUUCACUUAGUUCUAGUAGUCACAGUGACUGUACCAACGAUAUUCUACAUCUUUCAACCGGAUCAUCCUCCACAUCACAACAUGAAUGAGUAAGUACCGAACAUUCUUUAGCAUUUUUAUAUGAUAUGGCACGCAUGCGACUGUUGUAUUUAUAUUAUUUUUCCCGGCGGCUUCUUUUACGGACAGAAAGUAACUGCGAAGUGUUGAAGUACUCCGUAUAUUAAUACGGCUUUUCCUGGAAUGCGUGUGGUUCAAAACUAUUGUUAAAUUGGUUAUUUAUUCUACAUUUAGAGCGGCUUCUGAACUGAAACAAAAGUGGCCACUACAAAGGUAUGAGACGGCGGCUUUCGUAAGAGUCUCGUUUCGUCCGUCGCACACGGGGGUACGCGAAAAUCUCACGUACACAAGAACGUCUUCAAUCUUUCUAGCGCCCGUGUGACCAUUUAAAGAAAAAAUGCAUUCGACCUGUGUUGGUCAGCCGAAGCCGACGAGAUUGGACGCCGACUUUUAACGGCUUAUUCGCCGGAAAAGACGACUCUCUGCGAGGUGUAGACUUCGAACACUGCUUUGUAAUACAUUAAGUUUGUAACAGUGAUUUUAGAGGUGUUUAAAGUAUCCUCUUAUUGAUUUCAGUACAGACAGUACAUGAUCGUCGUUAAUUCGGGAUAGAAACUCGAGAUAUUGAUUUUCCAGUUUCCUUGGUAUUUCAGAGUUUGGCACCUUUCGGUUUACACUGUAUUCAAAAUAAUAAAACCGAAAACCGCAUAAUUUAUCACAUUUUAACAAGUCUAAUAUGAGAAAUUUCCACUGAACGUCUAGGCAAAAUCCAAUAUGGUGGUUUCCAGUGGCUAAGUAGUGUCAUAGCCAACAGUAGCAUCAACCGGCGUUAUCAGACUUGCACCUACCCCUCCCCCAUUAAACCCAACGUCAACACCAAGUUCUUACUUGGGGUAAAAUCAUGUGUUAGGGAACGGAUAAGUGGGGAGUUUCGUUUAUCGUCUAUUGGUUUGAUUAGAAAGCACACCUGUCGUCUAGCCACAGUUACAUGAAAAACAUUUUCAAAAUUCUGACGACCCGCAAAAAUGACCCGUGGUCAUGAGUCAAAGUGCUUUAUACGAUAAAACUUCCCGUGGUUGUGCCAUGUUUUACAAUGGGCGACAAUUAUCUAGAAAUUCAAACGCUUCCUAAAGUCUUCCAUAGCCUUUUUGCCAGCGUAAUAUAUAAUUGCGUUUCUCUCCAAUAUCGUUUUCUGUAACUUCAGUAACUUAUCUUGCACUUUCCCCGCUGGCUGGUUUUGGGUAAAGGCGAUAUUAGUUUUAAAAAAUCUGAGUUUUGACACUUUGAAAUGAACAGAGCAUAAACCCAAAGGUGACGCUGGUUAUCGGAUGCUGUGCGCGUGCCGGUCUAUCUACAUAGAGGUACGACUUGACUCCUUUUAUGUUCAAUCGAUGUAUAGCCUCCCACGCAGGCGUUUUUAGGAGAGCUCGUUUUUCAUCUCUCCCCACAGAGAGGGGAGAGAUGAAAAACGAGCUCUCCUAAAAACGCCUGCGUGGGAAGCUAAUCGAUGGGUUGAUCACUUCCGAAAUACAAGGUCGUAAAGACCUUCGUAUAAGUGUUCCGAUUAUCCCACCCGUGAGGGGUAAGUUCCUUCCGUGGCAUGGGGUGAAGCAUUCUUAUGCUCUAAAGUAAGCCAGGAACUGAAAUUCUUGUAUCUCAUAAACUAUGCAGUAGUCCCAUUUUCCUGAGCAAAGAAAUAAAAAUUGCGUUAAUUUUAUCCCGUUUUAUCGCAUUUCAACCAAAAAUUUUGACUUCGAGAUUGCCAAUUGAUAUAACAAAAGGAUAUUACACCAAACUGUACUUACAAGUAGAAGUAUUACUGUAAUUUCUACCACGAAGAAAGGUUUUAAAAAGUACAGAUUGUAAUUGUCUUCAUGGAUCUUACAUAAAGGAGGUUUGCAAUGUGCAGUUGUGAAUAGUAAAUACUAGUGCUGUAUAUAUUUAAGGAACAAACUCAAUUUUCUUUAUUUUUCUGGUUGUAUAAAAAUUAAGUACUUGAUUAAGAAUCUACUUAGCCUAAUUACCAAUAACUACCCCAAAGUAAAAGAACCUUUUUUGCAGUCCUUAAAAUAUGUACCUUCUUAUUAGCGGGGGCUUACUGUAUACGUUUUUACGUCUUCCGCAGUACCACGAGUCUAGGAGAUGGCGAAACGUGGGUCAAUCCAAAUAAGUCAUCAAGACAAGGUAAAUUCAUUUUUCUUUAACAUAUUUCUUUAUUAUUAGAAGCACUUCUAUAGUUUUUUUCUCACGGGAUAGUGUAGGAAGUAGGAACCACUUAGCCUGCGAGCAAGGCCAAGAGUCACAAAUUUUUGCGGCUCGGUCGCGUGUGACUUACGACUCUCUAACCUGCGUGCAUGCGUUUGAAAAAUUUAUGGCGCAAAUAAAAACCUUGGCCUCCCGCGAGUGAGGAGGAGUCGUACGUGUCUUGCUCUCUGGUAAGUAAAUCUUGCGCGCCCUAUUUGUUGCGCUCUCACCAUGCAAGCUCACGACUCUCUCUCCAGACAUGGAACUUGCUCGAAGGGCUAGCAGUCGUCAAAUUUGCCGCCGAGAAAAAAUUGUCCAGAAACUUCAUUCUAAGCUGAUUAAGACUCAAGCAAAUUUUCCCGCCACUUUUUACCAACAGGUCAACAGCUCAAAUGCAACUCCCCGCUAAUUCUUGACCAAGAAAGAAGUCAAUGUCGACCGCCGUGUGACUGGACAACACAGUCGCCAUUAACCCAGAAGAUAUAUUAUGGGGUUGUUGUGAUGGGUUUCUGGCUGGUUCUUAUCGCUACAGUUAUCACCUUCGUUACUUGGGCCAGCAUAAAAGCCCUGUAAGUAAAGUUUGCCUAGUGGGAAAACUCUUUCCGCUUCGCUCUUAAUAGUUCUAGAUAACAUACGUCUAUCCUUUCUUGAACCUACUUAAUUUAGAUCUAUGUGCAAAGAAAAAACGUUACUGCUCAUUUUGAAAGAAACGAAAAAAUGAUAGAUCACCGAACUCGUUUAAGAAAAAAUGAAGAUUUACCUCUCUGGGGAGCUCCAGUCUUAAAGAAAAAGUCGCCAUGUUUUAAAGUGCACUCUCCUAUCACUCGUGAAAUUAUACGCAGUAAGGAUGCGCAAUGCAGGAAUAAUCUUAAAGUUGUUCAGGAGACCACGCCACAACCUGCUUGUUGCUUUUUUGGGGCUUCAAGAUUGGGUUUUUAAAUGCUUGAGGAUCGCACUCUCUUGACGUCAUUAACAACGCCCUCUUAACGUUUUCAGCCGCAAGUUUCCACACGUUCUCCGCUUUCACAUCAUGAUUUGCUGCAUCCUUCUUGGUAAGUAAUAUCUAAUAUAAUGUUAUAAGGUGAAAAAAAAUGGGUCGAAAGUGGAAGAAGUAUUGCUUUAAGGUGAAUCCCUAUUAACAGAUGAAGGUUUUGAAGUACAAUACCGUAAUGUCAAUUCUAAAUACCCCCCUGCGUGAUUGUAUUUGCAACAACGUGGAACGAGGUGACAGUUAUAAGCAGCCAAAGAGUGAAGGACUUUCUCCAAAAGAUAGCCCGAAGAAACAGCCAACAUUUGGCGACGCCACCACUGUUUUCCCGGCAAAAUGACGUCUAUGGAACAUGCGCAGUAAUUCCAUACUGAUGACGCGUCACUAUUCUGAUCUGGGUAGUGCUUCUGAUUGGUUAAAGAAAAUUUUCUUAGCAGCACGACUAAUGCGGAUCUGGGUAGUGACACGUCAUCAGUAUGGAAUUUCUGCAAUUGGUCCUAAGAUGUCAUUUCGCAGGGAAACAAGUAGUGAUGUCAUGAAAGGUCGGCUGUUUUCUCAGGACACCCAAGUGAAUAAUUUGAAGCAAAACGGCGGAAGUGGAGUGUAUCAGUUCUCAGGCUCCUUUUUAUAAAAUAGUGGCAGAAAAUAUGAAGUUCAGCAAUGACAAGUUCCCCAACCCCAGGCAGAACUUUGAUAACAAAUGCCCCAUCGUGGCAACGCAACGCACGUCUUGAUAAAUUGCCGUGUGGAAUAAGCACGCUUUGGAAUAUUUAUAAGACUAUUGUGUUAUCCAGCAGGGUUGUUGAACUUCCUUAAAUAUGCCUACGGUUUCUCUUUCCUAUUUUUCUCCUUUAGCUUGCUGCAGGAUGAUUCCCAUUCGAAUUGGACUUGGGAAGACAUUUUGUGGAGAGGAAAAAUAUUGGAAGCUAGGUGGCCAUUCCUCGUUCGCUGUUAAACUCCUAGGUAAUUUUCAAAAUAUACGUACUCAGCAACCUCGUAACGGACUUCUGGUGUCUAAGAAACAACCGGAUGGCGACGGCAUCAAGACGUCACCUUAAAAAUGAAUUUGUUUUGUUUCAUUUAUCAUCGAUAUUAUUUCUCCUCGCUCAUGCAGUAAUUUGUCGAUUAUUGGCGAAUUUUCCUUGAAUCGAUCGUAAGGAACUUAUCCAAGUACAGAUUCUCGUCGUAGGCGUACAGUGCGGCAACACUCUUUGUAUACGUGGAUGAGAUCCCAUUCGCUACUUAAAAACCGAGGAGUAAACUGGGUCGAGUUAACUUUCGCAAAGACUUCUGGGAUUCCAGGAACGAUUGCGGGACGCAUUUUGGCUCCAGUUUCCUCCUCGUUUCUAAAGUGGUCGAUACUAGUGUGACCACUCAAACAAAGCUUCUUUACCAGUACUUUAAUUGCAAUAUUUGUUUUUCACCAUUUUACAAAAAGAUAUCUGGAAAUUUUGCCAAACGUUGGCUUUGGUCACUGAGUUAAGCGCCUCACGAGGCAGUUUGCUCCUCAGCAACUUCCUUGCCUGUAGACUGAAUUUUUGUGGAGAUUUUUGCCAAGCGAGGCGUCGACGGAAAGUUUUGUUGAAGUCACUUUCAAUAUCAUCUCCCCGUUUACUUUGCGACCGUGGAAUACAACUCAUGGAAUACCGUGUAAAAUAUCCAACGGCUUUCUAGCCCUCCGUUUGGCUGUAUCCCCCAGAGCAUGUGAUAAAACAUGAGGAAAUGUUACAAUUUCUUAAUAUAAUCUUUCCUUAUUUUUCAGGCGCCACAUCGCAUUAUUUUAGUCUGGCUCAUUCCUUCUGGGCCAUGUGCUUCAUAGUGAAUACUUACGCCGUUAUCGUACAUGAAAGGCGAGGAGUUUUCAAGCGUCCUGUCAAAUUCCACUUCAUGCAAUCUGUCUUCAGCUGGUUGGGCCCCGCGGGCAUUGUUUUAGGCUGUCUUUUUAUCUCUCCCCCUGGAUACAGGUUUGUGUUCGCCGAUCUUCUGGCCGCUGGAACCGACAGCAUUCAAAUGGCUUACUUCGCUUUCACGCUGCCCAUGCAGGUCUCGUUAGGAGUGUCUCUGUGUUUGCUGUGGUCCAUUGUAUGGUGUCUGAGAAAGGUAGUAAAAUUAUUUCUAGUCACAUGUCUUACCUUUCAUUGCCCUAUUAGACAUGACACGAUUGUUACUAAAACUAGGUACGGGGAACGAGCUCACUGAAGAAAAAAAUUAAAAAUGGACAAAAACAUAGCCUUAAUCCUGGCCCCAUUACUAACUCCAUCGACUAUUUUUAUGUUUUGUAUCCAUUAUUCAUCUCCCGUUCCCCGAGCUCCGUUUCCCAUUUCCCGUUCUCCAUAUCCUGCGUACCAAACGUUCCCAGUCGAGUUAUUGGGCGAACGCUGGAGAGACAGCAAAGGAAAUGAAAUAGACCUCUUUGGCUUGUUUUGUUUUCCCAGUACAGGUCAUGUGAUAAUAUUCUAGAGAACUGUUUCUUUCAAAUUUAAUCGUCUUAUUCAUGUGCAUAUGUACGCAUAAUUUAUGAAAAGAAAAGGGUCAAGUUCCCCUGGGACCUUUAUUGGGAAAACAAAAUAUACAAGCUAAAGAGGUCUAUUCUCUCGUCCCAACUUUCUCGACGAACUCGCGCGGAAACGCUUGCUUGGCAGGCUACGUUCUCCAUCAGAAGAACAUCCAACAUUUCACCUUCGUGAUAAGCUUAACGCAGAAUUGCAAUGGAGGGAGAAGUGUGACGUCACGUUACCAUAGUAGCAAAAUUUCUGGAUCACAACAAUAGGGAGUUUAAAGGGGCUGUGUCACGACAGUCCACUUCAUUUUGUCUUAUUUUACCAAUUACUCGGCGCCCUCAAUCGCUAUGGAACUGAAACUAGGCAAAGAAAUUACAUGUAAAUGACAAAAUCAGAGAUUAGAGGCAAACAAUUAUGUCCCCUGAGCAUUAUUUUUGAAGCUGCAAAAAGCAGAGAUAAACUUUGACAAACUGUUAGGCUGAACAGUUUUCAAAAACCCUAAUUUUAAUCCGUUUCAAUCGUCUUCUGUUUUGCCCAUCCGUGGCAGCUGUUGUAUCUGUUGCGUUAUUUUAACCUUCCUUUAACGUUUUAAAAGGUUAUUUUUAUGUUUUUUUUAAUUCAACGUGCAUUUUGCAAUAACCUAAUUUGGCUGAAUUUCCCGAUACAGCCCCUUUAAGCAACGACGACGGCGACGGCAACAAAAACAGUUAAAAAGCAAUAAGUUUAUAUUAGCAAAACAACAACUUUGCACGUGCAUCACGCUUUUUUGUACAUUUCUUAGCCGUUGUUUCACGUCUGCGACGUGAAACUUCCUAAUUUAACGCGCUUGCUUUAUAGAGUAGGUAAACCCAACACAAAAAUUUUAUCUUUCUUUUUCUAAACUUAAAUACAGUCCUUUCGGAUUCAACCCCAGAAAAUUUCGCGAACAUUUGACAAAUAAAGUGAAAUUGAAUAAGAUUGAUUAAGUUUGAAACAGUGCGAAUUCACUUUUUAAGUGAAUUUUCGGUUUGUUGUCAUCCAGAAUUUUUGCUACCAUGGGAACGUGACGUAACGACUUCUCCUCGAUCUAUAUAUCAUGGGUAACAAAACGAGGCCCUGGAAAAUCUGAAAAUUUCGUGCUUCUCAGACUCAGACUCCGGUGAGCAAGAACAGAACGUUUUCAUAUGAUUUCACGUCCGCCAUAUUCGUGUUCCAAAACAAUAAACGGCAGCCAUGUUGCUGUCUCUGUUGUUUUUUAACCUUUUUUCUUACGUAAAAACUAGCUCUUUUUUGCUCCAAUGAAUUGCAUGGCUACUGGCCACGUAAAUGCUCUUUACUGGGAUUCCAUCUCGUCUUGUAUGAUGGCCGCAUGAUACCAUUAGCCUUUAGCUUAACUGCAUAAAGGGACUCGUAGAUAAAAGCGAUUCCACCGAGGAAAACGUUUGAAAUAAAUAGCUGAUAGCCUGCACGGCCCUAGAAUGUUAACUAUUGUUACACGUUCAACUUCUUUCCAGCUAACCAACCAGAUUACGCUAAAACAUUGUUACAGUGGAACCUCGAUAUAAGGGACUGGCAAAAUUUUUUCGCUAUAUCGAGGUUCUUUUUCAUAUAUUUUAUUAUUACUGGGUUAAAGGAAAUCGUUUGUCAUACCGAGGUCUUCGUUAUUUAGAGGUUCGUUUUAUCGAGGUUCUACCGUAAUUAGCUUGGUGGACACUAAUGGUCGUUUUUUUUUUCUUGCCAGGCUCGUUUGGACUCAACUAAACGUGUGAUCCGCGCGAGGGAUGAGCGAGUCUCCAUGAGGCGCGUGGAGCGGCAGUUUAUAAGCAUGGCGGUCGUUAUGCUGUUGCUGGUGGGAAUUGUCUUAACCAUCAACACUGUAAUCAUAUACUGCGUAAGAGGUUUUAUCCACGAUUCCGAAGUUUAUUUUCUUUGUCUACAGGUAACGUAUCACUCCAUCUAAGUCGACGUAACUUCUCAGAUCAAAAAUCAUUACGGUCUAUAUUUCAAACCAUGAUUACACAGGCGAGUUUUUGGGAUUUUUUUGAUGCGAUAUAUGAGAGAUUUCAUAUCGCGCGCGUAAACUUGCGUCGGAUUUCAUGGCAAUUUCAUGUGGCUGUCGCCACGCAGUAGCUACUAUAGACCAUAACCGAGUCCCUAGCUAGCCUCUAUAUAAAGACGAGGGUAAGUGCAGUGUCUUUGAUAUAGACAUGCAGGUGCGGAUCUAGGAUAAAUACUGACCGAUGUCCUAAACGAGGGCCGAAGGCGCAAGUACUAUCUAGCGGGAUCCGAGGGGCAGGCUCCCCCAAGAAAUGCUUUGGUUUUUAACUUUUCAAGUCUCCUUUCCUGGGUUUUAGAGUCAUUCAGGCAGGAAAUUGCCCAGGUUUAAACUUGGAAAAUGUUUUUUAUUAUUAAAAAAAUAUUUAUAAUGAAAAAACUGACCGAUUUCUGUAAAACGGUGGAAACCGGUGUGGAUCCGCGCCUUCUACUCUCGAGCUCCUUUUUCACGCAGGCUAACGUCUAUAUUUUCCAUGAUGUUAUUUCAACUGCUAUUUUUUCGUACCAAUACAAUGGGAAAAGAUUGUAUAUCUUGUUUUUCAGACAUCGAAAGACUGCAAGUCUCCCAGCUACAACACAGUCUUACCGUUAAUCAAUCUUGUGGCUCCUGGCUUUUUGUGCAUAAUCUUCUUCUUCUUGUUAUUUAUGAACAAAGAUUGCCGUCAGAUAUGGAAGAAUUGCUUCGCAAAAUUCAAAAAGCCCUUUGAGCUUUGCAAACCACCUUCAAACAGACUACGCGCUGAAACGGUUCGUUCAAGGGGUUCUUCAACAUUGACUGUUCUUUCUGAACGCAGAUCUUCUGAGCCUUACAUAAACCAAAAAAUAGACCCCAUCGUGCUGGCAAGAAUACAACAUUCCAAUCGUUUUUCAGAGCGUGACGUCAUGAGAUUCUCUUUUGGAGAGAGGAAGCCAAGGUCUUCCACGUUAAGUUUGCCAGCAAGAAAUCAAACGAACACUCUUUCUGAGAGGAGGGAUACGCGGAUUGAAAUUCUUUUGACACCUCCCCCCGACGAACUAGACUGUCGGCCUCUAAGGACAAAUUCUGUCCCUGUAUUUUUGCUUCACGGACUAGAAUCGCAAGAUACCACCUCAAUCGAGAAUUACAGUGGAGCUACGACAACAAACAGUUCGUGUGUCGACGACGCUUCGGAACGAAGUAUCGGCGAGGAAUUAGAUGCAAAUAGCGAAAGAGAAAACUUCAUCCCGAAACUAGAGGAAUGUUCAUCAAAGUUGUAG